CUCUAGGUUUUGGUAGUAACGCUAUGUAACGUGUUUCUUUUUGUUAUCGUUGUCAAUAAUGAUACAAUCCUACAAUACGAGUAAUGGAUAUUUUAGACGAAUGGAAUAAACGGUUGCAAGAUUAUUUUCAAAAGUUUAGUAAAAAUCAGUUCUCAUUAAAAUACCAAAAUAGUUUUCUAACCCAAACUGGGGAUAUUGUUUUGAAGUCAAUCAAACAAGAGGAUAACAGCAAAGUAAAGUUUGAAGUGAAUGACCUGAUCACAGAGAGCAAAAAGUGGAACCUGGUGUUAAACGAGUGCCAAUAUAUCAACAAUUCAGUUAGUUUGUUUCUGAACAGAGAAAUUGCUUAUCGAAUUUUGAUUACACAAAUCAUUAAAAAUGGACUGGUUCCUGUUUAUAAGAACCAGCAAAUAUGUUUGAUUUGUGAUGUCGCAACUGACGAAGAUCUGUCUAUGACAGAUUUUAGAAUUCGUGCGGUUUUCAAAGUAGUUAGUAAUAUAUUAGAAUUUAAUGGUUAUCAAAUUCUGGACAGCUCGAGUUUAAAUAAGACGGUGCCGCAAAUCGUUGUGGGGAAAACCCGUUCUAUGAAAUUAGGUGAUGUUACAUAUCUCAUAUGUUCCCCAGUUAUAACAAACGGCAUGACUGCUAAUGAUUAUUUAAGGAAACGUUCAAAUGAUAUGCAAUUAAUUGCCCAGCACAAAUACGGAAUUCGAGUUAAAGAUCAACAACGUUUUCAAGCUUCAAUCGCUAGUCUAGGCCGCUCAGCAGCAAUUGUGGACAUGUUGGAAUCAAAAGCAAACAGUCAAAUAAAUAUGAAGCAAGAAAAAAAUAAAUCCAGCAAAGGUGCCGCAUUCAUCUUAUACAACUACGCCCGUUUAUCAGUUCUCUUCAAGAAUUUCGCCGAAAAACAGCAUAAUAAAUAUUACCCACCAUCACCACCGGCAACUGAUGUUGAUUAUAGCUUACUUACGGAAGAAGAUGAAUGGCACCUUUUUUGGGUUUAUGUAGCUGGGUUUCCUGCAAUUAUUCAACAGGCCUCUGGUGGGGGUCAACUAACAAGAAUAGCACCACAUCUGGUACUAAAUUUUGCUUGUGGAUUAGUAAUUAGUCUCAGCAAAUAUUACCGACGAAUACGAAUUCUAACGGAAAAUCGUGACCAUCUAUUACCUGUUAUGUUUGCAAGAAUAUAUUUAUUGAAAUCGGUGCAUAAAGUUCUCUCAACGUUGUUGGAUUUGAUGGACUUAGAGCCUAUUACAGAGAUGUAAUGUGGUGAACAAGGCAGAACAAAAAGUAGUGUCAUCAUCUUUUAAAUUUAUUAAGAAAUUUCUGAAACUUAUUUCUUAGAAUUUAAACUGAUUAGUAAAUGUAUGUUUUUACCGUA